AUGGAUACUCCCAGGGUCUUGCUCUCGGCCGUCUUCAUCUUAAGUUUCCUGUGGGAUUUGCCUGGUUUCCAGCAGGCUUCCAUCUCCUCCUCCUCCUCUCCGUCCGCUGAGCUGGAUGUUGUCAAGGAUAUGCGAAGCAGCAAGGAGGGGAAGGUGCCUCCGGCGCUGCAAGAAAGUGCCUCAAACAAGGAGCCCCCAGAGCGCUCAGAGCCGCAUUGGCUAUGGCAGGUCCAGUCCCAGGGGCGACAGGAGGAGUCGCUGCACAAGGGCCCGCGGGUGGUGCCCCACGAGUACAUGCUGUCGAUCUACAGGACUUACUCCAUCGCUGAGAAGAUGGGCAUCAACGCCAGCUUUUUCCAGUCUUCCAAGACGGCAAAUACGAUCACUAGCUUUGUAGACAAGGGACUAGACGAUCUCUCGCACACUCCUCUCCGGAGACAGAAGUAUUUGUUUGAUGUGUCCACGCUCUCAGACAAAGAAGAACUUGUGGGCGCAGAGCUGCGGCUCUUUCGCCAGGUUCCCCAAAUUCCCUGGGGGCAGCCGUCAGGGCCGCUACAUGUGCAGCUCUUCCUUUGCCGCUCGCCCCUCUUGCUGGACGUGAGGACCCUGGACCUACAGGGGGAGCCCAGGGACAGCUGGGAAGUCUUCGACGUGUGGCAGAGCCUGCGCCACCAGCCCUGGAAGCAGCUGUGCUUUGAGCUGCGAGUCAUGUCGGGCCAACCCGAUGGAGUGGAGGCGGAGGCGCGAGCACAGGACCCCCAGGAGCCGCGGGUCCUGGACCUACGAAACCUGGGCUUCAACCGAAGAGUGCGGCGUUCCCAGGAGAGCGCCCUGCUCGUGGUGUUCUCCAAAUCCCAGCACAAGAACCUGUUUGUGGAGAUGAGAGAGCAGCUGGGUUCAGCCCCUGUUGUGGGCCAAAGCCUAAGCUCUGAGUUGUCAUGGCCGCGGCUGUCGUCUGGCGCCCCAGAGAUCGGGUCUUGGCUGCCCUCGCCCGGCCGCCGGUGGCGGCGCACAGUCUUUGCCAGUCGCCACGGCAAGCGGCACGGCAAGAAGUCGAAGCUACGCUGCAGCAAGAAGCCCCUGCACGUGAACUUCAAGGAGCUGGGCUGGGACGACUGGAUUAUCGCGCCCCUGGAGUAUGAGGCAUACCACUGUGAGGGCGUGUGCGACUUCCCGCUGCGCUCACACCUGGAGCCCACCAACCACGCCAUCAUCCAGACGCUGAUGAACUCCAUGGACCCCGAGUCUACCCCGCCCAGCUGCUGCGUGCCCACCAAAUUGACUCCCAUUAGCAUCCUAUACAUCGACGCGGGCAACAACGUGGUCUACAAGCAAUAUGAGGAUAUGGUGGUGGAGUCCUGCGGCUGCAGGUAG